AUGGUCUCUAAGGUUUUCAUCAUCGCGGCUGUCAUUGCCUAUGUCGAGGCUCGCUUCGGACAGGAGCAAAUCCCUAUUGCGGCCAUCAGCGAGGUUAAGGGUGGUGCAAGCGGCGAAGCUGCUACUCUUGCGGGAGCUGCUAUUUCUGACUUGCUUGGUGGAGCCAACUCUUGCGCCAAGCUCGUUCGCGCUGACCAAAUCUUCACUGAGCUCGGUGGUGGUGCUGAUGCCCUCGCUGCCGCUAUUGGCAUGGUAAAAGCAGAGAAGAACACCAAUCCUUUCGCCAACGGCAACGCUCAGAAUGUCUGUGGUGAUGCCUCACUUCCUGCUACCCCCGAGCUCCGUGGUAUCACUCCUCUGAUUGACCCUGCUGUGGAUGUCAAUGGCGCUGCCGCCGCUCUUAGCGCCAGCUCUGCUGCUAAUCCCCUUCCUGCUGACGGACUGAGUGUGUUUGAUCUCAUGGAUCAGGCUGGACUUGGCAACUUGGUUGUCAGCCAGGCUGCUGCUGGUGGUGCGGGUGGUGCCGCUGCUGGAAACAACAAUGCCGCUGCUGGAAACAACAACAACGCUGCUGCUGGAAACAACAAUGCCGCUGCUGGAAACAACAACGCUGCUGCUGCUACUGGUGACAACGCCGCGGCUUGCGACAGCAAUGCUGCUGCUGGUAACGGAACCGCUGCUGCUGAUAACGAAAAUGCUGCUGCUGAUAACGGAAAUGCUUCUGCUGGUAACGGAAACGCUGCCAACAACAACGCUGGUAACCAGAACAACAACAACAACAGUGCCAAUGAGGAUGCUGCUGGUAAUGAAAAUGCUGGCAACCAGAACAACGCCAAUGCCGGUAACCAGAACCAGAACAACAACAACCAGGGUGCUGCAAACGACAACAACGCCGGUGCCGGCGCGGGAGCCGCAGCCGGCGGCGCAGACUUUGGUCGCUGCACGCCCACCAUCAUCUUCGAAGGCGGGCAGAACGGGCGUCCGGCCAACGAAUUCACCUUCCAAAUCGCGGACCCCCUUGCGCGCGGCAGCCAAAGCGACGCCCUCAACCCCGACAUCAUCACCAACGCGCUCUGCAACCAGCUCACCAACGUGUGCGAGGCCAACGCCGCCGCCAUCACCAAGUGCAAGAGCGCCGCCGCCGCCGUCAAGGGCGGAACCCGCAACAAGGCCCUCGCCGAUAAGUUCAACACGCUCAUUGGCUUUCCCGGUGCUGUUACUAACCCCGAUGGUGGUCCCGAUGAUGUUCCUGCUGCCAAGCGUUCUAUGCGUAGGGGUUUGAGGUUGUAA